AUGACAAGUGCGCCGCCACGUCAGUCAGGGAGUUUCCCAGGAGACGGCCGACAGAAUUCGUUUUCAUCGGGCCAGAAUCUUUCUUCUUUGGAUGCCCGCAACCGCCGGAUCGAUACUCUCAUUACCGCCCAGGCACAGGCGACAUCGAGUCCGUCGUCGUACGACACGUCGUCGCCUGAUAUCGACUUCAACUUCCCUUUCGCUGGUAGUCCUCACGACAGCAUCAACAGUGGGAUCGAUGCGCCUCCAGAGCUGCGGAUGGGCCAAGGGUAUCAUGGUCGGGGAUCCAUGUCCGAUAGCCUACGGUCGCAGAUGCCUCAACAGCAUCGCACCAGCCUGGCAAGCAUCGAUUCCACUGUGGACGGCGACUUGAUGACUACUGGCGCGAUGGGUGGUUGGUCGUCCAAAGCUCAGCAAGCAGUUAGCAAUCCUGAUGAAGCAAUGCACGAUGGCUCUGAUAAUGACAAUGACCAGCAGAAACGGAGGGCAUCGGAUGAGGACAGGCCAUCUUGGAGCGAGCUCAAGACAAAGGCCGGCAAGGAGCGAAAACGUCUACCACUGGCCUGCAUAGCGUGUCGUCGCAAGAAGAUCAAAUGUUCGGGCGAAAAGCCUGCUUGCAGGCAUUGUAUUCGUGCUCACAUCCCUUGCGUCUACAAAGUCACGACACGUAAGGCUGCACCACGGACAGACUACAUGGCUAUGCUCGACAAACGCCUGAAGCGUAUGGAGGACCGUGUUAUCAAGGUCAUUCCUAAAGAAGAGCUGCCUGACAUGUCAGUGACAGGACGAUCGAGCGUUAAGCCUCCACUCCCGGGUGCGAAUGCUAGCAACAAGAAGGCCAGCGCGCCUACCGUCGACGACACCAAGAAACGCUCAGCAGAAGAGGCCUUCACAGCUGAGAUGUCUACCUGGACUUCAAGCAAUCGGCCGAGCUCCGCAGUGCUAGACCCGCUCACUGGUCUCCGACGGCAACGUGAAGGAGAGAACAAGCUGUUCAUCGAAGGCAGCGAGUCACUCCCUCCGCAGCACAUUCAAGAGCACCUGGCGGAGGUGUUCUUCGAUUGUGUCUAUGGCCAGUCGUACCUGCUCCUGCACAAGGCAUCGUUCUUGCGCAAGCUCAAAGCCGGCACCGUACCUCCUGUCCUCAUACUUGCUCUCUGUGCUGUGUCUGCACGCUUCAGCACACAUCCGCAAAUCAGUACCGAGCCUGCCUUCCUCCGAGGAGAGCAGUGGGCAACGCCUGCUCGGAAGAUCAUCGAAAGGAGGCAUUACGAGCCCAACAUCACCAUUCUCAUUGCCAUGCUCAUGCUAGGUCUCCACCACUUUGGCACCUGCGAAGGUGGGCUGUCGUGGAGCUUUGGCGGGCAGGCUUCGAGAAUGGGCUAUGCUCUACAAUUGCAUCGUGAGUUGGAAAGAGAACCGAUGGGCAGGGAACAACUGGCAGGGAAGAGCAAGUCUAACAAUGCUGCAGUAUUGCCAGAAAAUACUCAACAAUCCAAACCUAACGACAAUUCCAACACUAAUACCAACGUACCUUCGACGACCGUACCGCCCGAGCUGUCCUUUACCGAUCGAGAGAUCCGUCGACGAACGAUGUGGGCCUGUUACUUGAUGGACACCUUCAACAGCAGUGGGACAGAGCGACCAAGCUUCCUCAGCGAAGAGUACUUUCAGAUACAGCUACCCAUAAAAGAGUCGCACUUCCAGAUGGAGAUACCCGGGGUGACGGAGAAUCUGGAGGGCGAUUUACCAGCGCAUUAUCAGCAACGAACGAAGUCAAUGGCAGGUGCAGCAGUCGCUUCCACCAACGAGCUUACUGCGAUGCAAGCUGAAGCCAGGUCCAACAUGGGAGUUGCCGCUUACGUUGUACGAGGUGUGGUGCUUUGGAAACGCAUUGUCAAAUACCUGAAUCUUGGAGGGAAAGAGAAGGACCCGCAUCCUAUAUGGGACUCAUUGUCAGAAUUUGCGGCAUUGGCGCGACAGAUCACGUCGUUAAAACAGUCGCUUCCUGCGGACCUCGUCUACAACUCGGCUAACCUCGCGACGCAUGCCUCCUCUAGACUGGCGAAUCAGUUCCUUCUGCUGCACAUAAUGCUGGCACAGUGCUCACUGUUCCUGCAUCGGUUCGCUGUGCCGACCUAUCCUUCGUCGCGGCCGCAUCACACACCUCUGCUCGCGUCUGGCAUGCCGAAGCAGUUCCUGACGCAAUCAGCGCAGACAGUCGUGGAUGCUGCGAGCCAUAUCAGCAGUCUUAUUGCCGUGUCAGCAGGCCAUACCUUGACAGUGCCCUUUGCAGGAUACUGCGCCUACGCUUCAGCUACAGUGCACGUCUGGGGCAUCUUCUCGCGCCUGCCUUCGCUCGAAACGUCCUCCAGAGACAACCUCAAGCACAACUACAAAUACCUGACACGCAUGAAGCGGUACUGGGGCAUGUUUCACUACAUGGCAGAGAGCGUCAAAGACACAUAUCGGGCAUUUGCUGAUUCAUUCGCUCGGUACUCCUCGCUAGCUUCGACGGGAACAUCUUUGCUGCGAUCACAAUCCUCAGGCACUGCGGCGAAUGCUACAGACGGCACGAGCCGUUCGCAGACCCCCGGCGCAGGCGGCACCCACACACCUUCGCACAGCACUAGCUCGACAGCAACAACGCACGGCGGUCCUGGAGCUAAACAGAUGUUCCAGUACGGGGAUUGGUUCGACAAGUACCCGCACGGCGUGUCGGAGGCGGAAUGGGAGACAUCUCACCUCGAGUACAAACGAGAAACGACCGGUGGUUCUGAAGCUGUCAUGAGCGCGCGGUCGGAACUGCAAAGCGUGGAGGAGUUCUUCGCUACUCUCAGUCCACCUAGCAAGGCAGAGGAGCAAUCUGGAAGGGGCAAGAAGAUCGCACGACGCAGAGGAAAGAGCGUCGCUGAACCCAGCACAGCAAGCGGCGGCAGGAAAGGCUCAAUGUCGCAGCCCGCAGACCAGAAUAAGCCUCAAGCGCAGUCUUUCUCUGGCCAGCAACGACCGACGAUCCGGCGCCAGCAAUCCGACCUUACCCUCUCAACAGCACUCGCCAACACGAGCAGCAUCAAGCCUCCACCAACUACAGACUCCUCACAUGACCUCUCGUCGCCACCACUGUACCGCAACGUCCCGCCUUCCUCCGCAGACCCGUACUCGGCCAGCAGUGCAACGACCAAUACCUUUUCACCGAACCAGCACAAUUUCCACUUCCCUCCAUUCCCGAGUACGACCAUACCGCAUCACGCGGUCUCGAAUCUGGAUCGACAAAUGGUGUUCGGUGCGUAUGCGGGCAUCGAUCCGGGGAGCAUGUCUCUACCGGAAGAUUUUGGCAACGCUGGCACAAACUGGGGUAACAUGACCGAUCCGAAUGCUCUCAAUUUCCCCUUUCAGCCCGGCGACCCAAACCUUGAUGGCAUGGAUCCCAACGCGGAUCCUGGCAAGGGCGAAGCAUGGCAGAACUCGAAUAUGGGCUUUGGUCAUAAUGAUGGCACUGCGAUGUCUAUGUCAGGAGGCUAUCAAGGCAUCGGCGGAGGAUCGAUGGGCAUGGGAAGCACGGCGUUCUUCAUGCCGUUCAACAUGGAGCCCCCAAAUUUCGGGACUGGGUCGGGAGCUGGGCCUGGAGAGUUGGGAGCUGGGCAGUUGGAUGGGAUGGAUUUCGGGAUUAGUCCAAGCGGGACGAGUUCGGUGUUGGGAGAUUUGGGCCAGCAGGGUGGCGGCAUCUGA